AUGAGGAUCACUGAUGGCCGCCCUGCUAAGGCGGAUACUCCUGCGCUGAAGAGUCUUUCAUUCCAGUUGACUACCGAGGAGGCUCAGGCAGCGCCAGACGUCGUGGCAGGGACCUUUUUGGUCGAUGGUAUGUCGGCUCAUGUUCAUUUUGAUUCGGGAGCUACCCGAUCGUUCGUGUCUCUUGCACUUAGCAAGAAGUUUCAGGACACUCCGGGAACGUUGGAUUCCCCACUUGAGGUUGAGAUUGCUGACGACCGCACUGUGAGUGUUACGAGGGUAUAUCGGGAUUGUUUCCUGAAUGUAUUUGGGGAGAGGUUUCGGGUUGAUUCGGUAUUGAUACUGUUACGAGGGCUGAAGGUGAUUGUCGGGAUGGAAUGGUUGGGGGCCAAUGGGGUCAUGAUAGACUACAAGCGCCAGCUGGUGAGAGUUUGA